AUAAAGCUUUUAUGUGGGGUUAAAUUGUUUGCUGGCGGCAUUAUCCUCAAUCAUUGGUUACAUUGCCAUCGCGGCGACGCACCUCCAGUUCGCUUGUUGUUCGGCUUUCAAGCAGCUCGCGUUUCCCAAGGUCACAUUCACCCUCCAUCUGUGGUCCCCCAACACGUCGUACGUCACCGACAGGUGCUGGAUCGCUACGAGGGCUCCGAGCUCCGUCGCUACGAUCCCGCCACCUUCACCAGCACGGUCCUCUCGCUAGACGAGGAGGGGAGCAUCGAGCGGGCGGCAGUGAAGGGCUUCCAUCGGCUGCUCAAGUACAACCUGGGCGACAACGAGGACAGCCAAAAGGUCUCCAUGACCGCUCCCGUGCUGUACGGCCUCGAUGUGGACCGCACCGCAUCCAAGCGCCACGACCUGCGCUUCGCCGACCGCUUCUCCGUCUCCUUCUUCGUGCCCUUCCGGUUCCAAGACAAGCCCCCCAGCCCCUCCGACCCUGACGUGUUUCUGGUGGACGCCGAGGAAAAGGACAUCUUCGUUCGCUCCUUUGGCGGCUACGCCACCGGAGCUCGCAUCACUCACAUCGCCUCCGAGUUCUUGAGGGACCUGUACGACGAUGGUCACCGGGUGGACUGCCGUACCAUCUACAUUGCGCAGUACAGCCCGCCCUUCCAGCCGGUGUUCCGCUACAACGAGGUGUGGGUGCUGCGCCGCCGCCGCCACGGCAAGGACGCGACCGACGGGGCCAGUGAUGCCGCCGGGGAGGGGGAUUGCGGCGACUGGUUGAAGCCGGAGGCAGCAGGCGGGGAGGGUGGUGGUGAGGCAUUGGAGGAGGAGGCACAAGCCCUGGAUGCGAUUGCUGCGGCGGUUGCUGAGGCGAGGGCAAAGGAGGAGGAGGUGGUGCAGGUUGUGAAGGCCGACGGGGGUUCUUCGGAGGAGCACCUGGUUCAGGCCUCCGCCUAAACAGGAAUGCCGGGACAGUGCGGUGAAGUGUACAAUACAUGACGCGCAUGUUGUAGGCUAGGCGAUGGUGCGGUAGGGAGGGGCUGUGGGAAGGAGUACUUUGGAGGUAACUGGGGGCUGUCCUAGUUGUUGUUGUUGGGCAUGCAUGCAUGCAUGUACUGUAUGGAUGGAAUGGCCCCGGGGAUGUUGGUAGGUGUUGGCAGUAUUGGACAAGCUGUACAACGGGUCCCGGUGCAACUGCAAUGGUCUCGGUUGUUGCUGCAGGUGUUGCUGUUUGCAGGUGUGACGUGAUUAUUGCGCUGCCGGUUCUGCGGCUGGGUGAGAACUCUCCCUCUCCUUGGGGUGGCAGCGAUGGCGCUCGAC